AAUUGUUAUCUUCCUUCCGUGUAAAAAGUGGUAUAACGAAAAAAUGUUGUCAUUUAGUCGCCACAUUCUGAAUCCUUGGACACGACAUUCAAAUCUCGCCCUCUUAAAUUCGAGGACAACAACCUUAACCUUCCUCAAAUCUCGUUCGUUUCCUCUUCUUUUAUCUUUUUCAAUUGCAAAGACCAAAACAAUGGGUUCUCUUUCCGCUCUGCACCAGCCAAUCCAAUAUCCCACUGCUCGCAGAGACGACUCCGUCGUUGACCACUUCCACGGGGUCAAGAUUGCCGAUCCUUACCGAUGGCUGGAGAAUCCGGAGGCGGAGGAAGUUAAAGAGUUCGUGCAGAAACAGGUGGCGUUGACGGAUUCGGUGCUGCAGAGGUGCGAGUGCAGGGACAAGCUGUCGGAGAAGAUAACGAAGCUGUUUGAUAAUCCUCGUUACAACGCUCCCUUCCGGCGUGGGAAUAAGUACUUUUACUUCCACAACACGGGUCUUCAGGCGCAGAGCGUGCUUUACUUGCAGGACAGCUUAGAGGCUGAGGCUGAGGUUUUGCUCGAUCCCAAUGCGCUCAGUGAAGAUGGAACUGUCUCCCUCAACACGCUGUCCGUGAGCAAAGAUGCUGAGUUCUUGGCCUAUGGACUCAGUUCCAGUGGUAGCGACUGGGUCACAAUAAAAGUCAUGCGUAUUCGUGACAGGAGUGUUCAGCCUGAUACUUUAUCUUGGGUCAAGUUUUCUUCCAUUAGUUGGACGCACGAUAGCAAAGGUUUCUUUUACAGCCGCUAUCCAGCUCCGAAGGAUGGAGAAGUAGCAGAUGCUGGGACUGAAACUAAUGCGAACCUUCAUCAUGAACUUUGUUAUCAUUUUUUGGGUACUGAUCAAUCGGAAGACAUUCUGUGUUGGAGGGAUCCUGAGAAUCCUAAAUAUAUGUUUGGAGGAAGUGUUACCGAAGACGGGAAGUAUGUUCUUCUGUAUAUUGAUGAAGGGUGUGAUCCAGUUAACAAGCUUUACUACUACGACUUGUCUGAACUUCCAAACGGGCUGGAAAGUUUUCGGAAUGAAAAUUCCCUCCUUCCAUUUGUCAAGCUUGUUGAUAAAUUCGAUGGACAAUAUCAUGCCAUUGCAAAUGAUGACACCUUGUUUACAUUUUUAACUAAUAAAGAUGCUCCAAAAUACAAAGUAGUUCGAGUAGAUUUGAAAGAACCAAAUGUUUGGACUGAUGUUAUCCGAGAGUCUGAAAAAGAUGUGCUUGAAUCAGCACGAGCUAUAAAUGGUAACCAACUUAUUGUGAGCUACUUGAGUGAUGUGAAAUAUGUUCUGCAAGUCAGAGACUUGGAAACAGGUUCCUUGCAACAUGAAUUACCAAUUGACAUUGGCACAGUCAGUGAAAUUUCUGGGCGGCGUGAGGAUUCCGAGGUUUUCAUUGGUUUUACAAGCUUUUUGACUCCUGGAAUCAUAUAUCAGUGCGACCUGAGAACACAAGUUCCUGAUAUGAAGAUAUUUCGUGAGAUUGUUGUCCCUGGGUUUGACCGCUCCGAGUUUCAUGUCAAUCAGGUUUUUGUGCCUAGUAAAGACGGUACCAAGAUUCCAAUGUUUAUUGUUUCCAGAAAGGAUAUUGUUUUGGAUGGUUCACACCCUUGUCUGCUAUACGGAUACGGCGGUUUUAACAUCAGUCUUACACCAUAUUUCAGCAUCAGUCGGACUGUACUGGCGAGACAUUUAGGUGUUGUUUUCUGCAUAGCAAAUAUUCGUGGUGGUGGAGAAUAUGGGGAGGAUUGGCACAAAGCUGGCUCCCUUGCAAACAAGCAAAACUGCUUUGAUGACUUCAUUUCAGCAGCCGAAUAUCUUGUAUCUGCUGGUUACACGCAACCCAAAAAGUUAUGCAUCGAGGGUGGAAGUAAUGGUGGACUUCUUGUUGGUGCUUGCAUAAAUCAAAGACCUGAUCUUUUCGGUUGUGCGCUGGCUCAUGUUGGUGUUAUGGACAUGCUACGGUUCCACAAAUUUACAAUAGGUCAUGCUUGGACCACAGAUUAUGGUUGUUCAGACAAGGAGGAAGAAUUUCAUUGGCUAAUCAAGUACUCACCAUUGCAUAAUGUCCAGAGACCUUGGGAAAAGCAUCCUAAUCAGUCAAUUCAAUACCCAUCAACAAUGCUGUUGACUGCUGAUCAUGAUGAUCGUGUUGUGCCACUGCAUUCAUUAAAGCUAUUGGCAACCUUGCAGUAUGUCCUCGUUACUAGUCUUGAUAAAAGUCCCCAGACGAACCCUAUAAUUGGUCGCAUUGAGUGCAAGGCUGGGCAUGGUGCAGGGCGCCCUACAAAGAAAAUGAUAGAUGAAGCUGCUGACCGGUACAGUUUCAUGGCCAAAAUGUUAGAUGCACAUUGGAUUGAGUAGAUAUAGAUAUUUUUCUCAAAAGUGGCAUUUCGUUUCUUCCUUUUCCAACCAUGAAAACAAAGGAAUUGGAAAAGGAGGACAAGCCCUUGUGAUUUGACUUUUUGGGGUAUAUGAUCCUGUUUUAUUCGAAUGGAGGAAGGGUCCUCCGUUGAACACGUAAGAGCAUUGCUUCCUGUUUGAUGGUCAGGACAAUUAAAUUUCUAAACAUUAACAUCGAACUCGAUUCCAUUCA